CUACGUAUUACAAUUAACAGCAAACCACAAUUAUUGGCACAUCUGUGCGAGGGUGUAUAUAGCUAAUGGAAUGCAUUUAAGAGGCAACGAGGUUUGUGGGAUACCCCACUCCAUUAGUAGUUUACAGAGCUCAUUUUUCACACAGGAUCAUCAUCAAGCAAUUUAGCAUCACUUAUUCAUGUGUAAUCAGCAUUACAAGCAUUCUAUGCGUAGAUGCAUGAUGUACAGUAGAUCUCUGUACUGUUACAUAACCACCAAAAUACAUAGUUAAAUCCAAGAAAGCAAUGCCGCCAGGCUACAGGUAUUGUAGCGCUAGCACAUAAUUAUGCUUCCCUCACUGCAUGGUUGGUAUGGUGAUUUAAAGGCAUGAUAAUUUAAUGUGUGUGUGGGAUGUUUAUCAUGCACUCAAAUUGUGGCCACAUUAGUAUAAGCCAUAGACUCACUGUGUAAACUAAGGACGCAAUUAGGGAAUAGUUGGAAGUCUUUCACACAUGAACCCGAUGACACAAGAUGACUAUAUAACCACAAGUGCAUGGACAGUGUAUUGAAGCUAGCAAAAGACAUGUGGAAUGGCACUCUUUACAACAAUGAGCAUUGAGGUUCUGUAUAUCUUAGGACUGCAUGCAGUACUUAUUGCAAGUGAAGACUUAGUUGACCUGGAAGCACUGUGCUCGUCGAACAGAGCUGGGGCAAAGUGGACAGUUAUAUCACCUACUUACAAUGGUGCUAUCGAUCUCGACUUCAGUUGCACUAAUGAGAAUAUGACACUCAGCUCUGACAAUUGCUUCCAUAAGCGUGGUGGGCUACCUGUUCUAAGGCAACUGCAGAUACCAGAGCCUUAUUCAAUGACUCAUGUUAUCAGUACGGACCUAGCACCAGGGACAGUGUGUACAUUCACCGCCAAUGUGCUGAACCGAUUUCAACACCAAGUAGAGACAAGUACUACAAGCUGCACAGUUGGAGCCCCAACUGCACCAGCUGUGCUACCAGCUGAAUGCAUAUUUGCUAAUGAACAAUGUCAGUGCUCAUGCAGUCCGGGCUUUGAGGGAAUAGCUAACAACAGCAUUGACGGGAAUGCCUGCAAAGAAGUUGCCAAUGAGGUAGCAAACAUAACAUUUACAUCGAAGUCCAUCCUCACCAUAGCCCCGACCAGCACUAUAGCGACCCCAACAUUCACUAAUAGCUCAUACCUCAUUACUACAACAGACGUGACUAAACCAGCUACAGCCUCCAAUUUUAUUUUACCGUUUGCUGAAUCAGCAACGAUCAUCACUACCUCACCCACACCUACAUCAGUUGAAAUUUUACCCCAAGCGUCAAUACUCACUACCGUCAUCUUGCUACCAGCCAUAAUCAUUGCUCUACUGCUAAUAAUUGUCUGUCUACCACUGAUCUGUUUCGGGAGAAGAAAACAUCGGAGAGAAAGAUUACACAUGAUGCAAGCUAUGCCUUUUACAAUACAAAAGUCUGAAAAAAUAGACCCUGACUUCAAUCCAAUUGAAAUCGGGAAAUCGACUGUUGUAUCGGAAUCAAUGCACAGUAUAUUUAACUUUCUCAAUCCAACCGGCUCAGACAUUCAGCUUCCUGCAAUUGAGGGAGCACAAGAAUUCCACGGCAAUAACACAGCUACAAAUGAUCAGGAAGACACUAAGUGUUCUUGCAAUAACAACGAGAAAAACUCCGGACAUGUGACAGAGUGUACACGCCAAGACAGCUUGAUUAGUGAGAUGACUGAAUACCUUGAUUCUCCUGGGUACGGGAGCGACAAUAAAAAAGUGUCGACACAUUAUUGGAAUACUAGUGAUUACGUUGAUGAUCCAUCAUCACAAUUUUCACAGCCAACUGACUACACCAUGCCAAUUUUUAGCAGACCACACGUCUAUUUUAGUUUCCCUAGUGACUUUUUGAACUAGUGAUUGUCUUUAUAAUACUGAUAACUACAUACUGA